AUGUUAAAUACAAUGAGACUCAAUUCCACUACUAGUAACAGCAACACUUCCCAACCAUGGAAGUUGGAAUACGAUUCUAUCUUACAACAAUACUACUACAUUAAUCUACUUGAUAAUUCAAUUUCAUUCGAUUCUCCUUGUGAAGUAAUGAACCACAAGAAAUCUUCUUCUACAAACAAAAAAUUAUUUGCAUCCUUCAAGAAACAAAGAGAAUAUAACCAACAUCACAAGAAUUGUCCACUUUCACGUAGUUCAAGUAACAACACCACAACUACUGCUACCAAUAGUAAUAGUACUACUAAAUCAAAAUCAAUUUAUCGCCGAUUAAGUGAUGCUUUGUCUUUGAAAUCCACAAAAUCUAAUGAAUCUACUCCAAAUAAUUCUCCAAGAAAUAGUAUCGUUUCAAACGUCAGCAAUGCAUCCAGUGAAUCUUCCACUACAAUGGUUGAUAGUACAACGUUAAUGGAUGUUGGUAAUUUAGAUGAUGAAUAUUUAUUAAACAACAACAGAUUAAAUAAUUUUAAGAAUUUCACUGGGACUUCUCAAGGUAAUUUACGUUUUGGUUACAUUAGUGAUAAUUAUCAUGAAGAUGCUAUUUCUAUUUCAAGUGAUGAAUCUUCAGUACUAAACGAUCCAUUGACUAGUGAUGAAGAUGAAGACGAAGUUAGAGUUUUCAAUCAAAAUUAUAUCUACAACCCAAAUUAUGAUGGCGCUUUUUUCGAUUAUGAAGAUGAUGAUUGUAAAGACAAUGAAAUGAUUGACAUUGAAAAAGAAAACGAAAGAAGAGAAUUAAGAUUACAAAUUUUAAAAGAACUAUAUUAA